UAGUUACUUUUAUUUCUAUUAAUUUAUUUUUUAUCUUCAAGGCUAUCUCCCUUCUACUGUAUUAAGCAAAAUUUAGCAAAAUGCAUGUUGACUUUAAAAUGUUUUUUGCACAGUUUAGAAUUAUUUCCUCAAAUUUAUUAAAUUAGGCAGGCUGAUAAUGUUAUUCAGAGUCUCUAUAUUCUAUUUAUUUUUAUAUGGACCUUAAAUACAUAAAAUGUUUGAAGUAUUAUACAACUGUAAAUUUUUUUCAAGAGUUGUGUUUGUUAUUUUGCAGUCCUAACUGGUCCUAGAAAUGCCCAGGUACCCCAAAUAAACUUAGUUAAAAUGGAUAAUAGGACACAAAGUUGUCCACGCAAUGCACUGUAGCAAGGCUUUUCUUAGGUCACAUAACGAUAAUCGGGGAAAAUGUUCCAAAGGCAGAGAGAUGACUAUUUUAGUUCUCUCUUUUGAGGAGAGAACUUCUCUCCAGCCUUGUCCCUACUCUGUUAAUGUUCCUAUUUUUACUUAUUGGUCUUCACUUCUAGACUCCGUGGCAUAAGCAAUUUUAAUUCCUUGGUUCUGCGAAUGUCUUCUGAAGAGGAACUCACAUUAUCAUCCGUGUGGCAGCAAAUUGGUUACUGUGCACCAGCUGCUGCCUGCUGCAGGGAUGCUGACAGCGCCAAGGUCUACUACCUCUAUUUAUUUUUGUAAAUGGAGUGACAUUUUCAGAUCGUCUGGCUUUGAAUAAAAUAAGCAGCUUCCGGGCAUUGACAUUAUGGCUUCUAGUGACUUGGUAAUGGGGACUCUCUUCCUCUUCCAGACUGGAGUUGGGCUCCUAGGAAAUUCCUCACUCCUUUAUUUUUAUAUAUUGACUUCACUCACUAAACAUACUAGACCCAUAGAUCUAAUACUCAGCCAGUUGGCCUUAGCCAACUCCGUGGUCCUUUUCUCUAAGGGAACCCCCCAGAUACUGGUUGCUUUUCGUUUUGCAUAUCGCCUGGGAGAAGCUGAGUGUAAGGUUAGCCUUUAUGCUCACAGAGUGGCCCGGGGUGUUUCUCUCUGCUCCACCUGCUUCCUGAGUGCCUUCCAGGCCAUCACCAUCUGCUCUGGUGGUUCCACGUGGGCAGAACUCAAGUGGAAAGCUCCUAAAUUUGUCCAGCCCUCCUGUUCCCUCUGUUGGGUUCUUCAUCUCCUGAUAGCUAUUAUUGUGCCACUGAAAACGAUUAAUGCAGGGCAUACUAUAAACAUUACCAGCAAGAACUUUGGAUUGUGCUCUCAAACAGAGCCUGAGUCAUCUGCGACCCCGUUCUAUGCAUUCCUGUUUUUCUUCCUUGAUAUUUUGUUUUUGGGACUCACGGGUUGGGCCAGUGGUUCCAUAGUGAUCUUCUUGCAAAGACACAAGCAGAGAGUCCAAUACAUUCACCACACCAGGCUCUCUCCGAGAGUAUCCCCGGAGACCACAGCCACUCACACUAUCCUGCUUCUGGUGACCUCAUCUGUUUCCUUCUAUUCUGUCUCCUCCAUCUUAUCACUUUACGUGACUUGCUUUGUCAACCCAAGCCUGCGACUGGUGAACAUCACUACAUUCCUGGCUUCUUUUUUUCCAGCUUUCAGCCCCUUUGUGCUCAUCAGCUAUAACAGACAACUCUUCAGAACUUACUUUGUCGGUUGCAGUAAAAUGAAAAUCUUCAAAUAGCCCUUUUAUGAACAGCUCUCAUUCAUUCAACACAUUUUAAGCACUCAAUAUUCGAUGACUGGGGCGGGGUGUCUCCCUGUAGACUCAUCUGAAACUUAUCCUGGUGAUUUUUCAAUGUGAGAUUUCGUUCCUGUGACUUUAGUUUUCUAAACUCAUUUCUUAUUUUCUCUUUGAAUAUUGCCUUCCAAUGCAGCAAAUGAGGUUUCUUCUCCUGCAAAAACUGCACAACCCUCCUGGCCAGUGUGGCU